AUGGAACUAAUGACUUAUGUGUUUGUGACUCUGGUAUAUGGCAUACUAGUACAGUUUGUGUUCUGGAGGAAACAAGUGAUAAUCAGUGUAUCACAUAGCGCCAGUGAUAUAUGGCCACUGGACAGGCCGGAAGGCAUGCCAGCCAUUCAGAACCUGGAGGUGAUGUGCGGAAAGGAUCACAUGGACGUUCACCUAACGUUUUCUCAGCCCUUCGAGGGUAUCGUGUCGUCGAAGGGUCAACACGGUGACCCUCGGUGCGUCUACGUACCUCCGGCUACGGGACAAACAUUUUUCUCAUUUCGCAUAGCGUACGCAAGGUGUGGAACUAAACCCGAUCUACACGGUCAAUUUUAUGAAAAUACCGUAGUGGUGCAGUACGAUAAAGAUCUGCUGGAAGUGUGGGACGAGGCCAAAAGGCUAAGGUGCGAGUGGUUCAACGAUUAUGAGAAGACGGCUUCGAAACCCCCUAUGGUCAUCGCUGACCUCGAUGUUAUUCAGCUUGAUUUCCGUGGUGAUAAUGUAGAUUGCUGGAUGGAAAUCCAACAUGGUAAAGGACCUUGGGCUCCACCGGUCAGUGGAAUUGUACCACUUGGUUCUACGUUAACUUUAGUUGUAGCAAUAAAUGAUUAUAGAGGAGAAUUCGACAUGCGAGUUAAAUCCUGCGUAGCUUCUGACGGAACCGGCCACGUGAUUCAAUUAUCGGACGAAUUUGGUUGCGUUCUGAGGCCGAAAAUGAUCAGCAGGUUCCUGAAGGCUCGGGGUGCCGACGAAAGAGCAUCGGUUAUUACAUAUGCAUUCUUCCAUGCCUUCAAGUUCCCUGACGCUCUUAGUGUUCACAUUAAAUGCAAGGUGGAGAUAUGUAGGCAUGGAUGCCUGGAUCAUUGCCAGCUACAGCCCGAGGGUGCUGGUGAUAUUAAUGCAGAUUUAUCGCAUUAUGUUAAUCAUUUGGAAAGGAAGGACGAUGGACUGUCAUCGGAGGAAAAACUUUCAGACCCUCCUGACCAGAACGUCGACGACGAGGAUUUGCUCUACGAAGAAGUCCUCAUGAAGGAUGACGGCGGUGCGUCGUCGGAUAGUAAGGUAGCUGGUGCAGUGAAGUUGUCACUGAGCGGUAGUCAUCUAGGAAAUAACAGAAUACAGUCUAAGAAGAAGCCGGAUGAAGCAGUAGAUUCGAGCGAGGAGACAGAACCUGAUCUAACGGGAAUGUCGGAUAAGGUAUGA